AUGAAUAAUAAUUUUGCACAUGCUCAUGGUACAGUUAUGAUAUCGGCUUGGAUGAUUUUUGGUUCAACAGGUGUUUUAUUUGCACGUUAUGGUCGUGUAUUACGUGUUGGAAAUCAACGACAAUUUCUUGGUAAAUCAAUUUGGUUUCAAACACAUCGAUUUCUUUUAUCAUUAUCGUCAUUAUUAAUAUUAUUGGGUUUUUUCUUAAUUAUAAUUUAUAGACGUGGUCAAUGGGUUAGUGUAGCAAUAAAUGGUCCACUAUUAUUUACUCAUUCAAUUGUUGGUAGUAUUAUUGUAUGUUGUAUUAUAUUACAAAUCUGGUUAGCACUUUAUCGUUGUAAUCCCCAUAGUCCUUUUCGUUUUAUAUUCAAUUGGACUCAUCGAAUAACUGGUUCAUUAGCUUUUGGUUUCUCAUUUAUUAAUUUGUUUCUUAUUACAUUUGUAUUAAAACAACAACAUAUUGCUUUAUUGAUUAUCGUUUCAUUGUGGACAAGUUGGAUGAUUAUUAUUGUUAUUUUCUUUGAAUUAAUUCAAUAUCAAUAUCGGAAAGUAUCAGCAUUAAUGGCACGUAAUGCUCGUGUAAGUUAUACUAAUCAAGAAGGUGUCAACGCAAAUGUUCAACCAGAUACAGAAGCAGGUACAAAUCCAACUAUCGAAAAUCAACGUCUUAACAAAGUCAAAUUAUUUUUAUUUCUUAUUCAUAUAAUAAUUAGUAUUGUAUUAUCUAUUCCUCUCAUUAUUAUUAUCUGGAAUCAGAGUUAA